AUGGCGUCGAACAACCUCUCGGGGGCACUCGACGGCGGCGACGCGGCGGCGACGGCCGCAGGGAGGAAUAUACAGCACUCAGGGUUCCUCGGCGGUGAGUACUUGAGGGCCGACAUGUUCGAUCUCGACAGCCUUGACGUCGAGGUGGACAAGAAAACCAUGGCCAAGCUUCUAGCCACGGAGAAGCAGCGAGACAGGGGCGACGAAGAGAUGGAGCCGUGGGAGAUCGACCUCGCCAAGCUGGAGGUUCACGAGUUGAUAUCACCAGGGACCUUCGGCUCCGUGUAUCGCGCCACCUACGAUGGCAAUGUCGUCCUAGCUAAAUUGUUAGACUGGGGCGAGGAUGGUUUUAUAACAGACGAUGAAGUCGCUGCUCGGCGCAAGGCCUUGAGGAAGGAGGUUGUAGUUUGGAAGGAUCUCAACCACAGGAACGUUACAAAGUUCAUUGGUGCAUCAAUGGGUACCACUGACCUUAACAUUCCAGCUGAGAAUGAGGAUAUCGCUGAAUUCACUGAUUUUCCAGAUAGAGCAUGUUGUGUGGUCGUCGAAUAUAUCGACGGAGGAACACUUAGGCAAUACCUAUAUGCGCACAGGGAGGAAAAGCUGGAAUACGGAGUUGUGGUUGAGCUUGCAUUGGAUUUGGCCAAGGGACUGAGCUAUCUACAUUCAAAAGAUAUCGUGCAUCGGGAUGUCAAAGCCGAAAAUAUGUUGCUUGAUUCCAAACGAACCCUAAAGAUCGCCGACUUUGGCGUUGCCCGUAUAGAGGCCAAGGAUCCAGCGGAAAUGACAGGCCACACAGGCACACUGGGUUAUAUGGCCCCAGAGGUCCUUGAAGAUAAGCCAUACAAUAGAAAGUGUGAUGUUUACAGUUUUGGGAUAUGUCUAUGGGCGAUCUACUGCUGUGACAUGCCGUAUUACCCGGACCUCAGUUUUGCAGAGACCUCCUCUGCAAUUGUUCAUAAGAAACUGCGACCUACGAUCCCACCCUGCUGCCCCGCCCCAAUGGCGAAGAUCAUGAAGAGGUGCUGGGACGCUGACCCUGGGAAGCGUCCCGACAUGAAGGAGGUGGUGCAGCUCCUAGAGGAUCUGGACACAAGCAACGGCGGCGGCAUGACCCCGGAAGGGAUCGCGGAAGGGAAGAACCCUGGGUGCUUCUGCAUGUUCAGACGACGUCGUGGUUGA